GCUUCGACACGUGUAAGAAUCCUGUGAAGUUGCCAUAUUCUCGCGACCUGCUCAAAAGCUCAGAAAAGUCAUACGCUUUUCCACCACCCAUCUCUCCUUGGAUUCUGCAAACCCUAACUUCCGAAUUUCUUCUCUGUCUCGUUUGAGAUUUGGUACGAUGAUGUUGCGUGCUGUCAUAAGGAGAGCCUCUUCUUCUGCUUCUUCGGGACUGGGAAAAUCACUGCAAUCAUCUCGCGUUGCAGCGUCUGCUCAAAGCUUUCACUCUGUUUCUUCAACACAGACUCUGGCUCUGCCUCUGCCUCGUGGAACCCAUUCUCGUAGCUUCCAUCAUCAUCGUUCUUGUCCAGGGUGUCCAGACUGCUCCAGGACUGUUUCCAGCAGCUUCCGAGGCACAACCCUGCAAAGAUGGGUCAGGCCCUUUUCAUCUGAUACUGGGGAUGUUGUUGAAGCCGUUGUGCCUCACAUGGGUGAAUCAAUCACCGAUGGAACCCUCGCCAGCUUUCUCAAGAAACCUGGUGACAGAGUAGAGGCUGAUGAGGCUAUUGCACAAAUUGAAACUGACAAAGUGACGAUAGAUAUUGCUAGCCCAGCAAGUGGUGUGAUCCAAGAGUUUCUUGUCAAGGAAGGAGAUACUGUAGAACCAGGAAACAAGGUAGCUAUCAUCUCAACCUCUGCAGACGCUGUCUCUCACGUUGCACCCUCAGAAAAGACAGCAGAGAAACCUGCUGCCAAGCCUUCCCCUCCUGCUGAGGAGCCCAAAGUUGAAAGUAGCAAAGUUGCGGAGAAGCCCAAGGCACCAUCACCUCCACCGCCGACUAAACAGUCAGCUAAAGAACCGCAGCUUCCUCCUAAGGAUAGGGAAAGACGGGUUCCUAUGACAAGACUUCGCAAGCGUGUGGCCACUAGGUUGAAAGACUCCCAAAACACUUUUGCCUUGCUUACAACUUUCAAUGAAGUUGAUAUGACUAAUCUGAUGAAGCUCCGGUCUCAAUACAAGGAUGCAUUCUUUGAAAAGCAUGGAGUGAAGUUGGGGCUUAUGUCUGGUUUCAUCAAAGUACGCUUGAAAAAGUUCCCUGGAUUAAUUAGCUUAUCAGAACUCCGCAGACAAAGUAAUCUUCUUAAACUGUUUUUGUUUCAGGCUGCUGUUAGUGCCCUCCAGCACCAACCAGUAGUAAAUGCGGUUAUCGAUGGAGAUGACAUCAUUUACAGAGACUACGUUGAUAUCAGUAUUGCCGUUGGUACCUCUAAGGGUCUUGUGGUUCCAGUCAUCAGAGGUGCUGACAAAAUGAACUUUGCUGACAUUGAGAAAACGAUAAACUCUCUAGCCAAGAAGGCUAAUGAAGGAACCAUAUCAAUCGACGAGAUGGCUGGAGGAUCAUUCACUGUAUCUAACGGUGGUGUCUAUGGAAGUCUCAUUAGCACUCCUAUCAUCAACCCUCCUCAGUCUGCUAUACUUGGAAUGCAUUCAAUCGUGCAACGUCCAAUGGUUGUGGGAGGAAGCGUGGUACCGAGGCCGAUGAUGUAUGUUGCGCUCACGUAUGAUCAUAGGCUGAUUGAUGGAAGAGAGGCUGUGUAUUUCUUGCGCCGUAUUAAGGAUGUUGUGGAAGAUCCUCAGAGGCUUCUUCUCGACAUAUGAUGACAGAAAGAUUCUGAGAAGACAGAAGAGAUCACAAGUCUCUUGGUCUUUAUUUCCUUUACAGAUUUGCUAUCUGAGAAAAAAAAAACUGAACUACUUUUUCGAGUUCCUACCGGGCUGGGAAAGCCUCGGUGUAUUGAGUUUAUUUAUUUUAUAUACAGUUUGAACAAAAUGUUACAAUUUUGACUAAAAUAAUGUCAUUGAUUUUUAUUGGGA